AGUCCCCGUUCUGAAUGGGGCAGGAGCCGGUUGCUGCCGCUUCUCCGCGCGGGCUCACCGGCGAGCGACUCUGGCUCUCAAGUCCCAUCGGCCUCUAGGUUCAUGUGGAGGCUUCCGGGCCGCGCCGCGCUGCGUGGGGUCCGGUCGGUGGUGGAGCAGCGCAGCCGGGCCGAGGCGGCGAGCGAGCAGGCGGCGUGCGCCAUGGAGCGGGCGGUGGUGCGCUGCGUGCCCUCGGAGCCCAAGCUCAGCCUGUCGUUCGCGCUGGCCGACGGCAGCCACAAGAACAUGCAGCGCGACCAGAGCGAGCCCCUGGGCCGGGCCCUCAGCCGGAUCGCUACCAACGCCCUGAAGGGCCACGCUAAGGCGGCGGCCGCCAAGAAGAACCGGAAGAACCGAGCGCAGUCGGGCGGUGGCGCGGCCUGCGCUCCGGAACCGGCCGCGGCCUGCGAGCCGGUGGUGAAGCUGUACUACCGCGAGGAGGCCGUGGCGGACGACGUGCUCAACGUGGAUGCCUGGCAGGACGGCGCGGUGCUGCAGAUCGGCGACGUCAAGUACAAGGUGGAGCGCAACCCGCCCGCCUUCACCGAGCUGCAGCUGCCGCGCUACAUCAUGGCCGGCUUCCCGGUGUGUCCCAAGCUCAGCCUGGAGUUCGGGGAUUCCGCCAGCUCCGUGUUCCGCUGGUUCAAGGAGGUCAAGCCCGGUGCGGCCGAGCCCGGGGACGGCGGCCUCGAGUCGUCGUCGCGCCCCGGGCCGUCUUCGGCUUGGACCGAUACGGGUGUGGCCGAGCGCGUGUACACCCCGUGCAACGCGGACAUCGGGCUGCGGCUCAAGCUUCACUGCACGCCGGGCAAUGGGCAGCGCUUCGGGCCCAGCCGCGAGCUGGAGAGCGUGUGUCCCGUGGAGGCCGGGCCCGGCACCUGCACGUUUGACCAUCGGCAUCUGUACACCAAGAAGGUGCCGGAGGACUCCAUCAUCCGGACCGUCUCCUACAACAUCCUGGCAGACACGUACGCCCAGACCGAGUUCUCCCGGACCGUCCUCUACCCGUACUGUGCGCCCUACGCGCUGGAGCUUGACUACCGCCAGAACCUCAUCCAGAAGGAGCUCACGGGCUACAACGCAGACCUCAUCUGUUUGCAGGAGGUGGACCGCGAGGUGUUCGCCGACAGCUUGGUACCGGCCCUGGAGGCCUUCGGCCUGGAGGGCGUGUUCCGGAUCAAACAACACGAAGGCCUGGCCACUUUCUACCGGAAGUCCAAGUUCAACCUCCUUAGCCAACACGACAUUUCUUUUCAAGAAGCCUUGGAGUCGGACCCGCUGCACAAGGACCUGCUAGAGAAACUCGCUUUGAACCCUCUAGCGCAGGAGAAAGUACUCCAGAGAUCGUCCGUCCUUCAGAUUUCAGUUCUUCAGUCUACAAAGGACUCUUCUAAAAAGAUAUGCGUUGCUAAUACCCAUCUCUACUGGCACCCAAACGGUGGAUACAUUCGUCUCAUUCAAAUGGCAGUAGCCUUGGCACACAUUAGACAUGUUUCAUGUGACCUGUAUCCUGGCCUACCAGUUAUAUUUUGUGGAGACUUUAAUAGUACACCAUCUACAGGAAUGUAUCAUUUUGUCAUCAAUGGCAGCAUUCCAGAGGAUCAUGAAGACUGGGCUUCCAAUGGGGAAGAGGAAAGAUGCAAUAUGUCUCUCACACACCUUUUCAAACUGAAAAGUGCUUGUGGAGAACCUGCUUACACCAACUAUGUUGGUGGCUUUCACGGAUGUCUAGAUUACAUUUUCAUUGACUUAAAUGCUUUCGAGGUUGAACAGGUGAUUCCGUUACCUAGUCAUGAAGAAGUUACCACCCAUCAGGCCUUACCUAGUGUUUCUCACCCUUCUGAUCACAUAGCACUGGUUUGUGAUUUAAAAUGGAAGUAGAUUUUGCUGCAUUGAAUGAAAAGGGAGCGAGUUACUUUUCAGAAAAUUUAAUAUGAAUCAGCGCUUAUAUAUAAAAAUCUUCAGAGGACAUCUAGAUACUAACUUUAUUAUGGUCAUUCCCUACUAGUUAUGUUUCAGGUGGCUUUGUUACAUACCAGUUCAUAAUGUUUGCAUCAUAUAUCUUUAUCCUUUUUUUUAAUUUCCUACAUUUGGAGGAAAACAUAUGACUAGCAAGAAAAAAUGAACUAUUGUGUACAGCUAGGUUUUUUUAAGCUGGCAAUUAAGGUUUUUAAGUACUAUUUGAAUAACCUCAAUUUUUCUUUCAUAACACUUUACAUUGAAUUAUGUUCAUAUAAUUGGAGGGGGACAUGCAAGUAAAAGGUGAAAUACUUCAGAGAGACAUGGAAUACAUUAGUCUAUCACUACCUCAAUUUGGUGAAGUUAUUAUAAUUUAGAGCUUUAACAAAAGAUUAAAAUAUACCAUUAACAAUUUUUAUAGCUUCUUCAUUUUUCAGUUAGCAGGGUAUUUCCCUUCUCUUAUUUCUAGCGUUUUUUAGUGCGUAUAUGGUGGCACAAACGUGCGUAAUUUGUGUUCUCAUUCACAGUUCAGACCAUUUUAACAGUUAGUGUUCCCAGGAAGCAGCGACACAGUCUGAUCCCCUUGUCUUCACUCUUCUUCAACACACAGGGUACUUGACCCUAUGACAUGAAAAAAUAGAGCACAAUUAUUUUAUGAGAAACUUCUGAUUGGGGCUUCAAAUUAUACUUAAACCAUCGAGCAUUUUCAAAAUGAUAAUUUUUUAUAAGCAGGAAAAAGAGAUCGUAGCAUGGUGCUUUUUAUAGCACUCAGGAGUCUGAGGUAGGGCUGCUUUGAGUUCAGUGCUAGUCUGGGUUACACAGUUCAAGGUCAGUUUGGGCUACAUAAAUGGAAAAAGGGAACAGUGGGCUUUUUCCCAGUCUCUGAAAUAAACUUUAUAGACUUACAGAUAAUGAAGUAUAAAAAGAUUUGACUUAGUCAAAUCUCCAGCAUACAGAUGUCAGGACGACUAGAGUGCAAAGCUAGGAAACACUACAAAAAUUCUAUAAAUAUCAUACCUGGAUUUAUUUGUACCUACAAAUUAAUACAAGGUGUUCAUCAGAAGUGUUUAAGCUAUCUUUGUGAUUGAAUUUUUCUACUACUUUUGGAAUUUUUAGUACAUUUGAUUCUAAUAAAUAUGGGAAAUCUAGCAACUUUGUGGUGAAGCACAUUUAUGUCCUAAGUUCUUGCUGAAGAAGGCGACCAUUUUAGAGCAUGUUAUCCUGUGAAAAUAACUCUUAUGCGGUUGUCCCCAUAACAGACACUACACUUAGUCAUUCGUCAAAAGAAGACCAUUUCUGACUACAGUGUUUUGGCUUUAUUCACUUGUAUGUUUUCCAGGUUCAUCCAUGUUACAGUAUGUACCAACACGUCAUCUUUUUUUUACAGCUGAGCAUUUUCUACUGCAUGGAUAAUACAUCUUGCUUAUCUGAACAUCUGGACUGUCUCUUUGCUCUUGUGUCUAGUAUUAUGGGUAUUUGUGCCCAAGUUUUUGGUUCUACAUCCUUUUUGGCAGUGCUGGGGAAUCACAUCCUGUUAGGCAAAUACUCUACCACUCAGCUAUACACCAAUCCAAAACAUCUGCUUUCAGUUCUUUUGAGUUUAUAUUUCAGAGUAAAUUGCUGGGUUGUAAUUCUCUUUAGCUUUCUGGAAUACUGCCAGACUUUCUUGCCAUAGCAGCACUGUCUUAUACACUUGCUCACUGUAGUGCACAGGUUUGGUUUUCCCUACAUCCUCUCAACCUUAUUUCCACCACUAAUUUUCCCUGAACCCACCAAGACAGCCUUUUUCUCUGUGUAGCCCUGGCUGCCCUGGACCCAACCAUCCUCAAACUCAGAGAUGUAAACCCGCCUCUGCCUCCUGAGUGCUGGGAUAAAAGGUGUGCCACCGCCAGGCUCUUACUCCCAUUUUUAAAAGUCAUCCUAGUAAAUAUGAAGUAAUACUCUAAUGAUGCAGUUUUAACUUCCUGAAUUGAAGUUGUUACAGUCAUAAACAUACUUUACUCUCAAUAGUUUACCAAACCCUUUUUCAGAGCCUACUUCACCAACUGCUACUUAUUUUUAUGUGUUUGUGCCAAGUGGAAAAGGUGCUUCCUUUAAAGAAAAGUAUAAAAAUCCAAGUUCAAAAAUACAACCUUGAAUGUAAAUGAAAAUUAUGGUAAAAAACUAAGAUGUUCACAACAAAAGGCUAUUUUUUAACUUCAGCAAUUUCAGAGAACUUUUAAAUGGGACCACUUUAAAUCCAGAUUAGUAGAUAGCAAGAAUGUAUAAAAAUAGUAAUUACUGAGAAAAUGAGAUAAAUAUGAGUAUAAUAAUAAAUUAUGUGUAAUUAUAAAAGGUUCAAACUAUUAAAGAUUUUUUUUUUAAAUCCCUAAAUUUAAGGCAAUUUUUAAGCUGUAAGCCAAUAAAUUAAGGUGACAUAUUUCCUGUUAAAUAACGGGUAGGGAACUAUUUUUAUUUGACCACCUUUAGUGUAUUAACAUAUAGUUGCUAAAAUUUAUAUAAUUAUUUUAACAUUAAGCUUAAUCAUUUGAGUUGGCUUUACCAGCUUCUAUAGAAUUAUUAAUGAAUGACAUCUGAAACAUUAUAACUUGAGCCUGAAAAGACCACUCAGUGAUUAAGAGUGCUCACUCUUCUAGAGGACCUGGGGUUCAUUUCACAGCACCCACACAGUGGCUCACAACCUCUUUUAACUCCAGCUCCAGGAAUCCAUCAUCUCUGGGAACCAGGCAUGUGCAUGGUACAGACACAUGGCAGGCCCAUACCCAUAUAUUAAAAAACUUUUUAAACAAAAAAAAAAUCAACAAGAACCAUUAAAGCUGUCCAGCUGGCUUUAUCUUUGAUCUGAUAGGAAGCUCUUGUUCUGUCAAAACCCAAGUUCUAUAAUGUUUUGGGGUUAUUAUUUGGUUUUUAAAGACAAGGUUUCUCUGGAACUCUGUAGACUAGGCUGGCCUUGAACUGCCUGCCUCUCCCUCUGGAGUGCUGAAAUUAAAGGGGCAAGCCACCACCACCUGGCUUAAACUGGUAUGUUUAUUGUUAAGAGCUAUUGGUAUUUGGGUGUCAGACUAAGUCUAACAGCUGAAAGAAACCCUGAUAAUCCUUUACCUACUUUGUCUCCAUGAAAUGUCUAUUUUGGACCUUCACAAAUGCAAAGAAAUAUGUCCUUUGGUGACUGGCUUCUUUCAGUUAGGCUGUUUAGUUACUUCCAUGUUGUAGUGUCAAUACUGGGUAUUUUUUUUAAUGAAUUUUCCAUUGUUAGGUUAUACUACAUUUAUCUUAUAGAUUGAUGGGCAUUUGUACUGCUUCCACAAAUAAUGUUGCUAUAAACAUUUGUGUACAAGUUUUGUGUGAGUGUUUUUAUUUUUCUUGAGUAUCACUCUUAGACAGGAGCAGAAAUAUUGGGUCAUAUGGGAAAAAUAUUUACCUUUUGGGAAUAUUACUGAAGGCAGGUACACUUCCCCACCAGAAAUACAUGAGUGCUCU